AUGUGGCGGGUGCUGUGGACCCUGCAGGCCCGAGAGGCGCAUGGACUUUUCAGGUCGUGCUUGCGCCAUGCCAGCGGAGCCCCGGCCUCCGGCUCCGGAACCACCAUCUUCGCGCUCAGCUCUGGCCAAGGUCGCUGCGGUGUCGCUGUGAUCCGGACCAGCGGCCCGGCUAGCGGCCCAGCCCUGAGGAGCCUCACAGCGGCCCGGGACCUGCCCCCGGCACGUAGCGCUCGCCUGCGUCUCCUCCAUGACCCGCGCUCCAAGGAACCACUGGAUCGCGCUCUGGUGCUGUGGUUCCCAGGACCCCAAAGCUUCACGGGUGAGGACUGUGCCGAGUUCCACGUUCAUGGAGGCCCAGCGGUGGUGAGCGGGGUCCUGCAGGCCCUGGGCGGUGUGCCAGGGCUGCGACCAGCAGAGGCAGGCGAGUUCACCAGGCGCGCGUUUGCCCAUGGGAAGCUGAGCCUGACCGAAGUGGAGGGCUUGGCGGAUCUGAUCCACGCGGAGACAGAGGCGCAACGCCGGCAGGCCCUGCGCCAACUGGAUGGGGAACUGGGCCAGCUAUGCCACAACUGGGCUGAGACCCUCACCAAGGCUCUGGCCCACGUGGAAGCUUAUAUCGACUUCGGUGAGGAUGACAAUCUGGAGGAAAACGUCCUAGAGCAAGCGGACAGCGCAGUUCGGGGACUGGAGGUAGCACUGGGUGCACAUCUCCGAGAUGCACGUCGUGGGCAGCGGCUCCGCUCUGGGGCACACGUGGUGGUUGCAGGUCCGCCCAACGCUGGCAAGAGCAGCCUGGUAAACUUGCUCAGCCGGAAGCCAGUGUCCAUCGUGUCUCCAGAACCAGGCACCACCCGUGAUGUGCUGGAAACUCCCGUGGACUUGGCUGGGUUCCCGGUACUGCUGAGUGACACGGCAGGCCUUCGUGAAGGCGUAGGGCCUGUGGAACAGGAGGGUGUUCGCAGAGCCCGCGUCAGGCUGGAGCAAGCUGACCUCGUUCUGGCUGUCCUGGACGCCUCGGACCUGGGCUCCCCCUCCAGCUGUGACUUCUUGGACACAGUUGUGGCUCACGUAGGAGCCCAGAGCCCCAAUGGGAGCAGCCAGCGCCUUCUGCUGGUGCUGAACAAGAUGGACCUACUGUCCUCUGAGGGCACAGACCUCAAUCCCCACCUGCCCCCGCACCUGCUGCUGUCUUGUCUGACCGGGGAGGGGCUGGACGGCCUCCUAGAAGCACUGAGGAAGGAGCUGGCUGCAGUGUGUGGAGAUCCGUUCACAGGUCCACCGCUCCUGACUCGUGCAAGGCAUCAGCACCACCUGGAGGGCUGCCUGGAUGCCCUCGGCCACUACAAGGAGGCCAGAGACUUGGCCCUGGCAGCCGAGGCUCUGCGCAUUGCCCGGGGGCACUUGACCCAUCUCACAGGGGGAGGGGGCACUGAAGAGAUCCUGGAUGUCAUCUUCCGGGACUUCUGUGUGGGCAAGUGA